AUGCGACGGGAAUCUGUACAGGAAAUCAUGGAGAAAGUCAGCACACCUUUAGUUCCAAAAGGAACUAAGGGAAAACCUCCAAAAAUCGUAGAAGUACCGGAUAGUGUUACAGUUGUUGAAAAUGAAACGGCCAUACUUCAAUGUAAAAUCGAAGGCGAUCCAGUGCCGACGAUAAAAUGGUCGAAAGGAAAUCGCGAAAUUCUAAACGGUGGCCGUUUCCGACACAUGACUGAUGGCGAGACGAACACAGUGUCAUUGGCACUGCUCAAGUGCCGCUCGCAGGUACGUCGGGAUUUCCGGGAAAAGAAACAGGGGGAAGGGGGCGGAGAAGGGGAUGAAGGGGUAGUUGAGUGCAGAUUGUUGUUGACGUCAUGCUUCCGUCAUAGGCUUGACGAGCUUUUUUGAGA